AUGGCACCCAAGCGCAAGGGUCAGUACGUACCACAUCUCCGUCACCUAAUGUUCUUGGACUUCCUCGGAGGUCUAAAAUGGGAAACCCAACCUCAAGAAGAGUAUGACCCCCAGGAUAAUUCCAUAGUGAAGAAAUACCACUUUCUACUUCACCACCCUCACUCGUUUCAUAUCUCGAAAAGUAUAGUUCGUCAUCUAGGUACAAAGAAUCCGUUAAUCAUCAGCCUUGCCCUUGCGGACAUAUACGAAUUUGCGGCGGAGAAUGUGGAAUGUUGCCACUCUUUGGAGCCAGAAGAAUUCUUCGCCCGAGCGAAGAAUUCUUUCGAUUGGUCCACCGCCUUUAAUGAUAAGGCAUGGUGGGCCUUUACCUACAAAGCUUUCCACGCGCGCGCGAUCUUCCUCAACACAGCCUUGCAUCCGGAUGAAAAAGCUCCUCCUGGACAGCCUCUGGCCCGAGCCCUCGAUAUUUUCCGAGAAGCUUUUCUCGACUGUUACCCGCUUGAUCCAGCUAUCAUUCACAAAAAAGGCGAAAAGAUCUGCCAAGAGAAUAUUGAAUAUGUCGAAGAUGAGCUCUCUUUUAACAAGGAAAUUCACGAGAGAUACUUCCCCCAUCACCUUACCCACCACGAUGGGAAGGGAGACGGUACGGACAAGAUAGUCUAUUGCCAGAAAGUCAGCAAAGCAUCCUGGUAUAAGCCAUACAACACCAACGGCAUGACGGAAGAUGAUCUUGAUAUGUCGAAAGUUCCCGAUGAUGAACUCUUCUUCUAUGAUGUAGAAUGUAAGAGUAAGCAUCACAACGCUUACAAGGAUCCCUCGAGCACAAAGCAAUAUGGCACUUCCAAGGAAAAGGAAUCUACGAAGGGAGAUGGAUUGGUAAGGAAGUACGAUGCAUUCAAGGAAUAUCGAGAGGAAACCCGCGAUGACGAUAUCUCUGAGCCAGACAUCUCAAAUGAAGGCGGAAGAGUUUUAAACGAUGACGACGAUGGCGACGGCGACGGAAUGCCAAAUAUCAAGAAGCUUAAGAUCGCAGACGAUGUAACUGAGAUGGAUAAGGAUGGAGAUGAGGGAGUCCCGGAUAUCAAGAAACUUCAUCUCGAAGAUACCAAUGAAGAAGUAUCUGCCCCCUAA